GUUGUCUGCUGCUGCAGAAAUGGGGGAGUACGGAGUCGCACCAGGCCAGCGCGUGGCCAUCAUCUGGGACAGCUCCUCGCCGGUUGAAGCCUUGAAGGAUUUGGUGGAUAAAAUUCAGGCGCUGGUGGGAGCUGAUAAUCGUGUCUCUGUGGAAAACGUUAACCAGCUGUCUCAGUCGGCUCACAAGGAGUCCAGUUUUGAUGUAAUUCUCUCAGGCGUAGUACCAGGCAGUGCUGCGCAGCACAGUGCGGAGGUGCUGGCAGAAAUAGCUCGGAUACUUAAGCCAGGGGGCCGUGUCCUCUUGAAAGAACUCGUGGUUACAGAAUCAGGAAACAACAGCAGAAUCAAGACAGCAGCCAAACUGCCCACAGCUCUGACUCUUUCUGGGUUGGUGGAAGUGAAGGAGCUGCAAAAGGAAGCGUUGACUCCAGAGGAGGUCCAGUCAGUCCGAGAGCACUUGGGUUACCAAGGCAGUGACCUUCUCAUUGUUCAGCUCGAAGGCAGGAAGCCCAAUUUCGAAGUGGGAUCCUCAAGUCAGCUCCAGCUUUCCUUUGCCAAGAAACCUGGUCCUUCAGGAAAACCCUCUGUGGACCCAGCCGCUGCCAAGCUGUGGACACUCUCUGCCAACGAUAUGAAUGAUGAAGAGAUGGAUCUUCUGGACUCUGAUGAGCUGCUGGAUUCAGAGGAUUUGAAAAAGCCGGAUCCAUCGUCUCUCAGAGCUCCAUCCUGCAAAGAAAUGGGCAAAAAGAAGGCCUGCAAGAACUGCACCUGUGGCCUGGCUGAAGAGCUGGAACAGGAGAAGAAGAGCUCGCAGCCCAAAUCAGCCUGUGGAAAUUGCUACCUGGGGGAUGCGUUCCGCUGUGCCAGCUGCCCUUACCUGGGGAUGCCCGCCUUCAAGCCUGGGGAGAAGAUUCUCCUGGAAGAGAACCAGCUGCAUGAUGCCUAACAAAGAUGUCUCUGGAUGUCCUGCAAAGGACUCCUCUGCUUUUCCAUCGGUCUGAGGUUCUUCCUGCAGUCCUCCUCAUCCUCUCAAACU